AUGCACGGACUAGGGGAGAACCAAAGUCUUAUUGAUGAGAUCUCCGCCAAGGUGACGGAUCUGGAUGCAUCGGCUCUGCAGGCCUCUGGUUUGACCGAUGCCGAGAUAGAGCAGACAUUAAAGUCGGUAUUCACUUUGGUUGAAUCGCUCCGGCAGGACUCGGAGUCGAUACUCCACGAUUUCGGCAUCGCGGAUUCGGGGCUCAACAACGCAGAUUACUGUGUCUCUGUCGCAGAGGCACGGUACUCGAAUGCCGACCCAAGUGUCUCCCGCAGACUGGACCAGGAGAAGAAGAAAGAAGACGCUAAGAUUCAGCGCGAUCUUGCCUCCAAGCUGGACAGUAUUCGUGCUGGGCCGGCGGAAAUCACGUCCAACAUCAACAAACUCCUUACGGCCAUUGGGAAAGGCCCUGUGGUCGAACAAGAGAUCCCAUCUGAAGCCGUCCAAACCGACCACCCAAUCGACAGUCUGCUCCCUGGGCCUCGAGCACCUACCGUCGGCCCUGGCGCCAACAAACCGACCGGAGAUCCGGACCAUUGGCAGAGAAUUCGAAAAGCACUAGACGACGCAAAGAAGAGAAAUGCGGCCAGAGCCAAGACUUAA